CAGGCUGUCUUUUUUGGGAUUUGCGUCUUGACUGACCUGUCCAGUCUUCUCACUAGAGGGAAUGACAGUCAAGAGCAAGAGAGGCAACUGAAAAAACUCAUUUCCCUCCGUGACUGGAUGAUGGCUGUUCUAGCUUUCCCUGUGGGAGUGUUUGUGGUGACGAUGUUUUGGAGCAUCUAUAUCUAUGACAGGGAACUGGUUUACCCAAAGCUCCUUGAUAAUUUUAUACCAGCAUGGCUAAAUCACGGAAUGCACACAACAGUUUUGCCCUUUGUAUUAAUCGAGAUGAGAACAACACAUCAUCAGUAUCCCAGCAGGAGCUGUGGACUGGCUGCAGUGUGCACCUUCGCUGUUGGCUAUAUUUUAUGGGUGUGCUGGAUUCACCAUGUUACAGGAGUGUGGGUGUACCCGCUUCUUGAGCACCUCAGCCCAGGUGUCAAAAUAAUCUUUUUUGCCGCCGUUACCGUAGUAAUUAACGUAUUCUACUUGGUGGGAGAAGUCCUGAACAACUACAUCUGGGAUACGCAAAAAUGUAUUGAAGAAGGAAGAGAAAAGCCGAAGUCAGAGUGAACCAUAAGAGACAACACAGAGAAUUGUUUACGGCUGCAUGGAAGAUUUCUCAUCCCAACAGAGUUUGGCUUGGAGAGGAAUCUUUUGGGAAGGAUGACGUUUCAUGGGCCCACUUCUCAGUGCAAGGAUAUUUUUGGAUUUUCUAUGGGGGGAAAAUGAUUUUAGCUAAAUAAUGUUAAUGUUUCAAACUUCAAUUUCUCCAUGCUUGCAUGUGACAUACCCGUAUAAGAUGUAUAUUUAUCUCCAAGGCAUUCUCAACAUGCAUUUCUUGAAUCAAAUAAGUCAUUUAACCAUUAAGUCAUUAGAUCUUUUUACUUCUGCCAAGAAAAACAAUGAGUCCAUUCUCUGUACUGUUUGAAAAAAGUUUUACCAGAUAGGUCUAAUACAAGGAAACAAAGCAGUCCAAUAUAUUUCAAAUUACAGCGUAGAAGUUAAUUGCAUGAAUGUAUCUAAAGAAGAGUUCAGUCUGACUGAAAUAUUUAUGUAACACUAUGUAACAGCUGCCUUAAAUUUGUAAUGUUAAUAAUUUUACCAGUCCAGUGAAAUCUUACUUGCAGUGUUAAGAUCUUAAGACCUAAAUAAAGAUUAAAUUAUCCUUGCAUUUC